GAGAAAGUGUAUUCAUCAGUUAUAAUGAAGUUUCUGUUGUCUGCUUGUCUAUUCUACGCCUUCAUAUACCUUGGGACACCUGCCGCAGAAGGUAAAGCUCCAAAAGUAAGAAAGAAUGGAACGCAUAUAAUCACAGACUGGAGUGGGUGGCAAACAGUAAAGGAGUACAAUAUUUCAGAGUCUGGAGGAAAAAGAGAGAAGAAGUUUGCAUUCACCCUACCACCAGGAGACGGAUGGGAAGUUAUGACCGAGUUCAAAACAGAUGAAGUUGUUAUACCACGUAGUCAGAAGGUCACCAAACGUCCUGCUAAAAAGGCUGAGAAGCCAAAACCAAAAUCACGUGGUGAAGAAAUUGAUGAAGACAAAUCGAAAGCAGAAGUUCAUGUGGUUAGAAGAAUCAGAGUUAACAGGAAUAAAAAACAAGGUAAACCAGAGGAGCCAAAGAAAGAGGCACCAAAAAAGAAAAAAGCACAAAAGAAACCUCCAGUGAACGAGGAUGGCGAAGAAGAUGGUGAUUGGGAAACUGUACAAGAAUCUGAAAGAGAUAUUCACAUUGGAAGAAGGAAGAAAGGUGAGAAAAAUUGGAAAAAAUCAAGCCGUUAUGAAAAGGAAGUCCGUACUCGAUCAAAGAAGAGAGGAGAAAAUGUUGAGAAAUUCGAAGAAGGUGACGCUGAUCCAGAACUUAUAGAUGUUGUCUCAAAAGCAUUUGAUAAGAAGAAAAAUUAGAGAGAAACAUAUCGAUGGGAAAAUACAAAUUUACUAAUAACUAAUUUCUGAGAUGUAUUUUCAUACUUAAAAUAAAUCUAUAAUGG